AUGGUCGAGAAGAUUUACGUCACGUACAACCAGGUGCACAAGCUGUGCCAGAGUUCGGCCCAGCGCAUCCUGAAUGAUUUCAAGCCGCAGCUCAUGGUCGCCAUCGGCGGUGGAGGCUACGUUCCCGCGCGCAUUCUGCGAUCCUUCCUAAAGAAGCCCGGCUCCCCUAACAUUCCCAUCCAAGCUAUUGGCCUCUCCCUCUAUGAAACUCUCGGCACCGACCCCGUCGAGCAGCCCGGCACAAAAGUAACUCGCACGCAAUGGCUGGACCUCUCCUCGCUCGAGAUGGCCAACCUGAUCGGCAAGAACAUCCUCAUCGUCGAUGAAGUUGACGAUACCCGGACGACGCUCGAGUACGCCGUUAAGGAGCUCGAGAAGGAUGUCAUCGAGGCGCAGAAGAAGCUCGGUCGUGAGAGCGAGAAGACGAACUUCAGCAUCUUCGUGCUGCACAACAAGGAUAAGACGAAGAAGGGUGCACUGCCCGAGGAUGUUGUGCAGGGACGGUAUCACGCGGCUGUGACGGUUGGGGAUGAGUGGAUUUGCUAUCCGUGGGAGGCGAUGGAUAUUGAUGAGCAUGAUCGUCUGUCCAAGGCGCAGGAGUCGAAGAAGUAG